AUGCUCCCCCAAAUUCUACCCUCGAGCUCGUCCCAGAGCAGGAACACCGGCCGCGCAUCGUUCUGGGUGUCCUGUGCAACUCUGCUCCUCCUCAUGUCCGCGCCGGCGCAUUGCAUCCAGCUUGCCGUAUCCAGCAGCGUACCGGACCAUGCCAGCGCAGUUCUGGACCAGUCGUUCCUGAGCUUCGCCAUAGAAGGGCGAGACUUCAUCGACUACAGCGGCAACGACGCAUCGCCGAACGAAUUCUCAGUGAACAUGCUGUCCACAUUCGCGGCCAAGACGGGCGCAAAGACGUACCUGCGCGUGGGCGGCACGACCCAGGAUCACUUUCGGUACGACCCCGCGCAGGCGGAAGCGGUGCGCUUCGAGAACCCCGACCUCGCGACUUUCUCCAGCCUCUUCGCCAACAUCACCGUCGGCAGCGGCUGGCUCGACGGCUUUGGCCAAUUCUCCGGCGACAAUGUCGUGUGGGACCUGCAGGUGUUCCUCGCGCGCAAGAACCUGAGCAACGCCGUCGCCUUCGCGAAGGACUGCGUCGACGCGAUUGGCGCCGGCAACCUCAACGCGCUGGAGAUCGGGAACGAGCCGGAUUUGUACAACGCGGUUGGAUUUUUCCCUGGCCAGACGGACCGCCCCGCCGACUACGGUCCCGAGGACUACGUGGCUGAGUUUACCGAGUUUGCGGACGCGAUUGAGGGCAACGUCUCGGCGCUGGGGUCUGGACCGAAUUUCCAGGCGCUGGCGUACUCGAAUCUCGUGGCGGAUCCGUGGAAUGAGCAAAACGCAUUCGACGCCGGUCUCUCUAAAGAACUCGUGAAAUCCGUCUCGGAGCACUUUUACCAGUCAGAAGACGGCGAAGACAUGGCCGCAACAUUGAUGAACAAGGCAGCCAUCAGGAGCAAGACAGACGCCCGAUUCAAGGACCGCAUCGCGUACAUGAAGAGCGAGCACCCAGACAUCCCCUUCCUGAUCGCCGAAGCCGCGAGCGCGCUCGGCAACGGCACCGGCAUCCGGGACUUUGAUCUCACCGCAAGCCUGGGCACGGCGCUAUGGACCGUCGACUGGCUGCUGUACGUCGCAACGCUCGGCGUGACCAGGGUCAACAUGCAGCUCGGCUCGCGUUUCCCCUUCUCGCCGUGGCUAGGAUCGACGACGACCAUCAACAACGCGACGAUGCCGCCGCAGACGCUCGGCAGCUUCUACGGCAACGUCUUCGUCGCCGACUUCAUUGGGGAUGCGGGGGAGCUACAGAUCGCCGAAUUGCAAGUCGACGACGAAGACGUCUCGGCCUACGCGGCGUACAACUCUGCGGAACUGACCAAGAUUGCGAUAGUCAACCUCGAGCUCUGGCGCGAGAGCUAUGAUGCGGCGCGCCCGAACAAGACGCUGCAGCUCACCGGUCUCGACGGCGUCAAGUCGGUCAAAGUGCAGCGGCUGACCGGACCGGAUGCGGGGGCGCAGGCACCCGAUAUCACAUGGGAUGGCACGCAGUGGACGGCGGAGAGCAAGGGUUUGGCCGUCGUGGUGGACGAGGACGACAGCUACGAGGUCGAGGUCGACGGGGAGAAGGGCUCCGUGCAGGUCACCUGCCAAGCCUCGGAGGCAUUGUUGCUUUCGAUUUCGCCGGCGGGAAAACAAUCCGACUUACCCGAGUAG